AUGUGGAUGAACAGUAAUUGUAAUGAAGAGCUAAAAGUUACGCAAGAAACAGCUGAUAAAGUAAUUGAAGCCAAAGUGAAAUUUAGCGUGAAUAUUCAACAUCACCUGAGAAACCGUACAAGCUUGCAUAUUGUAAUCUAUGGUUUGUAUUCGGUUGCAGCCCUGCGUUUCUUACAAGUUCGACCGUUAUCUCCACAAGAAAUGAAUUAA